AUGGCCACGGCAAGCCGUAUGGCCCAGGGCUACCCGCCCUACAACUUCGCCACCACCCAAAACAACACCUUGGGUGACAAUGGCCCUCCUUCGCCAUCUGCUUCAUUCGCAUCUGGCACAACAGCAAAGGACUCGUCGACCCCACCAUCUGUCUCCGGGCAAUCUGACAUGAAGCAAGAGGAGGCUGGGCUGAACCCCGCGUCCAACUCAUGGAUCCCCGACGUUGGUGCAACCAACGGACACUCUACCCAGUCCGUCCCUUAUGCUCCUGGUCAAUGCAGAGUCCCGAUGCCCCAAGUUGGCGGAAUGGCAGUUGGCCCCCCUCCCCCUUACAUCCCCCCCAUGAACAACAUGAACAAUGGUCCCUACCCCUACCAGCACAUGUUCCAUCAAUCCAACCAGGGCCAUCAUGAGCCCAGAAACUAUGCCCCCACAACAUGUGGACAGGCCGCUCAUCAAGAGCCACCCCCAAAGUUCGACCUGGGACUCACUACAUACCAAGGACAGGAUGGAGCGCAGGAUCCUUUCUAUGUUCCCGGCGGGGCAAGCACAUUUACUGGUUCCAAGAUGUUCUCUCCAUACGUUUUGCAGGGACAGCAGGCCUUCGACUAUCGGUCUGACAAGUUGAAGGUUCUCACGUCGACUCCUUCGGGAUAUCCCAGCUUCCGUACCGCAAUGGCUCCCGAACACUUCCCGUUCGUCGAUGGCCCGAAGCAGCACAAGACUGUCAACCACGGCGUUGUCAAGAUUCGCAACAUCCCCUUUGAUACCAAGCGCGCGGAAGUCAUUGCCUUCCUUGGGCGCAACUCCAAGAUUCUCAAUGACAGUGAUGAGCCUGUGCACAUCAUCAUGGAGCGGGUCACUAGCAAGACAAUGGAUGCCUAUGUCGAGUUUUGCACCCUUGAAGAUGCUAUGAAGGCGGUCGAGAAGCAUCAUCUGAACAUCACGAAUGGCCGCGUUAGCCGCCUCGGUGAUCGUCCUGUGGAUGUUGAACUCUCCGACCAGGGCUGCUUGAUGAAGGACCUGUUCCCCCUCGCCGUUGGCAUCUUUUGGGAUGGCUCCAGACCCGAGUUCAAGGCCGAAAACCCGGAUCAGCCCUGGGAGAACUUCAAGGGAUUCAUCUCCGAAGAAGAAAUGACCAUGCUUGUGAAGCAUGUCGAGGUCCCGCACAGAUCUCCAUUUUCCAAGGAAUGCCCUCAGCGUCCCUACGAGUGUCUCAUCAGCACUCUGAAGAAGUUCCCAUGGAGCUACACUGAUCGCAUCACGAUCUCGCAGCGACGUGCCGUUUUCAAGGCGACUUGCGAACUCAUCCGUCUUCUGGCUCGCAGCAUCUACAAGUCUGAUAACCAGGUGAAUCUUAACAAGCAGCUGUAUCGCCGCGUCGUCAGUGCCGCAAUGAGCUGCCACGGCUUCACCCCUCUCAUGAAGGAUGACGUUGCUUGGCUCGCACAGAUGUCGGAUCAAGAGCAGCAGCAAGGUUAUGGCCAGCCGGCGUACGCAAACGGAUGGCGCCAUCAGUAUGCCAUGUGUCCCAAGCCCGGGGUGCCUCUUGACGUUGUUGAGUGGUACAUUACCCUCAUCCGUGACCAGACGCUACGUGACACCAUGUCUCGGCCUCUUCAGCACCGCAACGACAUCGAGGAGCGCAGCCGUGACACCGACCCUUACUGGGGUCACUUUUGGGCCGAGCUUGGCCACGUCAUGGGCCCGGCCUUUGACAGCCUGACCAUUGCACAGGCCGCUCUCCUGGAGUUUUCCGCCGUCGAGCGAGUGCUGUCCCGGGCGCUGCCACGCCACUAA